CGCUCAGCCGGGGAGGCAGCGCGCCGCUGCCGGUCCCGUGCUGCGCCGCCCCUUCCCAGCGCUCCCCAUCCUUAAAGCUCGAGCGCGGGCGCCCCGCCUGUUGGAGAGGGCGCUGCGAUCCGGGCGGUGAGCCGCGGGGCGGGCCGGGCCGGCGGAGAGCGUCCGAGGAGUGUCGGCCCCGACCCGGAGGUUGCGGCGCUGUGGGGGAGGGUCCGGCGCCAUAGCUGCCGUCCGACCGCCACCCGCCCGCCCGGUUCGCCCUCGGCGGCUGCCCGGCCGGGACUCGUGCGUGAAUCGGCGCGCUGUCCGCCGCCCGGGCCGCGACCAUGUUCGACCGGACGCGGCUGCCGUACGUGGCCCUGGAUCUGCUGUGCGUGCUGCUGGAGCCAGCGACGACCCGGAGGACGGCGGCACCGUGGCGUCUUCCUGCAGGAGAGCGUCCGGCGUGUGCUUGACCUUCUCCAGGCCCCCUGGGAUGCAGGACCAGCUGACCAGCUGACCUCCGCCCUCCGCCCCCGGCCCGGAUGCUGGAGCUCUCCCGCUCACACUCCCAGCCUGCUCGUGCGGCGGAAGUCGGGGUCCCGAGGAGCGCCUGCCGGCCAGCAGCAAAGACUCUGGGGAUGGUGGUUGGAGAGACCGUGUGUGUGUACUGCAACCUCUUGCACUCGAACUCCUUCGUCAGGAACCACUACGUGGCCACCGUGUACAAGGCCGUGGGCACGUUCCUCUUCGGCGCGGCCGCCAGCCAGUCCCUGACCGACAUCGCCAAGUACUCCGUCGGCCGGCUGCGGCCGCACUUCCUGGACGUCUGCGACCCGGACUGGGCGAAGAUCAACUGCAGCGACGGCUACGUCGAGAACUACGUGUGCCGGGGGGACGCGCAGAGAGUGAAGGAGGCCAGGUUGUCCUUCUACUCCGGCCACUCCUCCUUCUCCAUGUACAGCCUGCUCUUCGUGGCGCUCUAUCUGCAGGCCCGGAUGAAGGCGGACUGGGCGCGGCUGCUGCGCCCCACGCUGCAGUUCGGCCUCGUCGCCACGGCCCUCUACGUGGGCCUCUCGCGCGUGUCCGACUACAAGCACCACUGGAGCGACGUGCUGACCGGUCUCCUCCAGGGCGCGCUGGUGGCCGUGCUCGUCGUCGUGUACGUGUCCGACUUCUUCAAGGAGAGGAACUCGGCUUUGAGAGACCGCAAGGAGGAGGACUCGCACACGACGCUGCACGAGACGCCCCCCGCGGGGAACCACUACAGGACCACCACGCACCAGCCCUGAGGCCCGCCGGCCCCCCGAGGACGCCCCGGCCGGGCCUGUGCGGACGCCGCCGCCGCCCCCGCCGCUCACUGCACCGUGCGCACGGCCGCCCGACGAGGGGCUCUGCCCGCGCUCAGCUCACGGAGACACCUCCAGCCUUCCACUCCACCACGCCCCACUGUACAUUUUUAUUAAAAAAUGUAACGCUUAUGUACA